UGCUCCAGCAAUCCUUGUUUAAACAGUGCAACUUGUGUGGCCAAGUACAGAGAUGACGAAUAUGAGUGCAUAUGCUCCACAGUCUUUAUGGGAAAGCACUGCGAAAUAGCUCCAGGAGUAGACUGUGAAGAUAUGAAAAAGCGAGUGGAUUCUCCAAACGAUGGUAUGUACUGGUUGGACCCGGAUGGAGGAAGUCAUACAAAUGCAUUCCAGGCCUACUGUGACAUGACGUCAUACGGUGGAGGGUGGACCAUGUGUUACACUACCAUACAGUAUGUGACACCUAAAACCGAAGUCACGUAUAACGCUCAGUUUCCUUAUGGAAGUGACGGCUACAGAACCGACUGUAACAAUAUUCCGUUUACAGAAAUAAUUUUUAUCGAUCAUCAAAACGAUAACAAGGCUUACUUCACCCGCCGUAGUCAAGGUGUUAUAACGGCCGCUAUGAGUUAUGGGAACGAUGCUGCUUCCUAUGGAUUGUGGGAUGGCGUGGGAACCAGCAGUGCGUAUUCCUACCAGUUGUUGAUCUGCCAUGGUCCUUACUUCCAUGGCUUUAUGAUUUCCGGGUACGCUGGUAACAAUUAUAAAAGGUGUGGCAAUUGGCGUUCAGAUACUCAGUCGCCGUAUUUCCGUUCAGCGUCCACCAAUAACAAUUUUGGGGGUGUGGCCUUCAACGUCAAUGGUUAUGGAAAGCUUGCCAAUAAGCUCAUCAGUGUCGGCUUACGCUAAGGCAGUUACUUCCACAAUAGAUUUGUUUCUUCUGAGUGAUCAGUUUCUGAGUUACUGACCUUUGUAAUGUGAAAUCAAGAUAGGAUGAAGUGCAAUCGAAUCACUAUAGUUGCAUAACCACGCGUUAGCAAUCACUUAAUCACAAUCGCAAUCACAAUCGCAAUCACAAUCGCAAUUACAAUCACAAUCAUAUAUAACAAUCUUAAAACGAGAGCCGUCCUCUUUUAAGUGUCUUUAGAAAACAAGGUUUAGCUUCAGAGAGAGCGCCAAUUGUGUAGGAAGACAAUCUUCAAGCAUGAUGUAUCUUUAAGUUGCUCUUUGCCAAUG